CUUCAGCGCUGGGCUUUGGAGGGGGGGGGGACCAACCCAAAACACAACACAGCAUCAGGGCAGAGCGGGGGGUUCGGUGGUAUUAUAAACCACCCCCCCCUCCCAAGACUAUGACUUCCAGUAAAAUUGAGAUGCCAGGGGAGGUGAAGGCAGAUCCUGCAGCUCUGAUGGCAUCUCUGCAUCUGCUCCCUUCUCCCACUCUCAACCUUGAAAUCAAAUACACCAAGAUUUUCAUCAAUAAUGAGUGGCAGAAUUCUGAAAGUGGAAGAAUAUUCCCAGUAUAUAAUCCAGCAACAGGAGAACAAAUCUGUGACAUUCAGGAAGCUGACAAAGUUGAUACAGACAAGGCAGUGAGGGCAGCUCGGCUGGCUUUUUCCCUGGGGUCCGUUUGGAGGAGAAUGGAUGCCUCAGAAAGAGGCCAUCUUUUGGAUAAGUUAGCAGACUUGGUCGAAAGGGACAGGGCAAUUCUUGCUACUAUGGAAUCACUGAACAGUGGCAAACCAUUCUUGCAAGCUUUCUAUGUAGAUCUCCAGGGAGUCAUAAAAACCCUGAGGUAUUAUGCUGGCUGGGCAGACAAAAUCCAUGGAAUGACCAUUCCUGUAGAUGGAGAUUAUUUUACGUUUACAAGACAUGAACCCAUCGGAGUGUGUGGACAGAUCAUCCCUUGGAACUUCCCCCUGCUGAUGUUUGCAUGGAAGAUUGCUCCUGCUCUGUGCUGUGGCAAUACAGUAGUUAUUAAACCAGCCGAACAAACACCACUCAGUGCUCUCUACAUGGGUGCCCUCAUCAAGGAGGCUGGCUUUCCACCAGGAGUUGUCAAUAUUUUGCCAGGAUUUGGUCCAAUUGUUGGUGCAGCCAUAGCCUCUCACGUUGGCAUUGAUAAAAUUGCUUUCACUGGAUCCACUGAGGUUGGGAAGCUGAUCCAAGAAGCAGCUGGAAGGAGUAAUUUGAAGAGAGUUACACUGGAGCUGGGUGGGAAAAGCCCAAACAUUAUUUUCGCAGAUGCUGAUUUGGACUAUGCUGUGGAACAAGCUCACCAAGGAGUCUUCUUCAACCAAGGACAGUGCUGCACUGCAGGCUCACGGAUUUACGUGGAAGAAUCAAUCUACGAAGAGUUUGUCAGAAGGAGCGUAGAACGUGCAAAGAGGAGAGUUGUGGGGAGUCCUUUUGACCCAACUACAGAACAAGGUCCACAGAUUGAUAAAAAACAAUACAACAAGAUCUUGGAACUGAUUCAAAGUGGCAUCACUGAAGGAGCAAAACUUGAAUGUGGGGGAAAGGGGCUGGGAAGAAAGGGAUUCUUCAUUGAACCUACAGUGUUUUCCAAUGUAACAGAUGACAUGCGGAUUGCCAAGGAGGAGAUUUUUGGGCCUGUUCAAGAAAUACUGAGAUUUAAAACCAUGGAUGAAGUUAUAGAGAGAGCCAACAAUUCUGAUUUUGGGCUGGUAGCUGCUGUCUUUACAAAUGACAUAAACAAGGCCCUGACAGUCUCUUCAGCAAUGCAGGCUGGGACGGUCUGGAUAAAUUGCUACAAUGCCUUAAAUGCCCAAAGUCCUUUUGGAGGAUUCAAAAUGUCUGGCAAUGGGAGAGAGAUGGGUGAAUGUGGAUUGAGAGAAUAUUCUGAAGUUAAAACUGUGACAAUAAAGAUCCCUCAGAAGAACUCCUAAAACGACAGAGGACCGUGUUGUGCAGAAGAGCACAUGAUGCCACCUUCUCUAUUCCUUAUGGAGACCAGCACUCAGGAAUAAAAAGUGUUACACAAUAUUUAAGAAAUUAAGUUGCAACAUAUAUACUGGGCACAUAACUGCAUACGUAAUGCAAACCAACUCUGCAUGUUUUCAUGAAAAUCUCCUGAGAAUCGUUACAUCUUUUUAAAACAAAUUAUAAUGAGAUAAAAUUGCUACUGGGCAUCAUUUAAUAACGGUUCCAGCUAUAAAACUGUUAAAUGCAAAUGCAUGCACACACACAUUUAUCUCUUCCUUAAAUAAACAAAGUAAGUCUUACUGCUUUCAGGCUGCCUUCUCAAACAGACCUGCCUUGUACUGACAUUGUAGUUUCAAUCAGGGCUCUACAAGCCAGAUUUCACCCAAAACACUAGCAGUGAACAACACAAACAAGUGUCAUUGAUGUUCUUAAAAAAUAAAAGAUUCUGAAUGGUAAUGGCCCCAAACCUGGCAUAGUGGCAACUUUCCAAUUAGCACGCCCACAGAAAGAGGUCAGACUGGGGAGGGAAUCAAUCUGCUGCAUGGCCAAUGAAAGCCAAAUACUUAUCAGCGAGAUUUGGCUUUCAAGGCUCACAACAAUUCGGAUUUCAAAGCUUAUUUUCAUAAUUACUUUAUGUCUUGCUAUAAGCAAAAAGUCCUCCUUCAUUUCCAGGAACUUGAAGGGAUUUACCUGCCUGCCAAAAGAGCAAGGCCAGACAGGGUGGGUGGGUG